UACAAACAAACACUGCCGGAUUUGAUUCAUGCCUCUCUUGUUUUUACUAAUGAUCCUUUCUCGUUUACCCCGCCAUUUUUUUUUAGCUCACUAUUGUCUCUGAACUAGAUGACAAUAUAAGCUCCAUUCCCAUUUCAUUUUUAUUCAAUUUCAUGGCAACAGCCACAUCUACUAGUACUACUACUACUACUACUGCAGCUCUCAAAGCUCACCCCCAUCAACAACCACCCACCAAACCCAGACGCCGCAACAACAACUACCCGACCCGGAAGCUCGACCCGCCGACGAUUGUCUCCCCCGAGAACUCCUGGUGCUGUCCUGCCUCAAAACCAAUCCCGACCCAUUCCCGCCGCGGCGGACUACCCAUUGACCCGACCCGCGAGCUCGACCCGGUUGAGGACUACCCAUCUCCGAAUUCUUCGCCGUCGUUCAGGAUCCGGUUCUCUCCGGGGAGCUUAUCCCCAGUCAUGGACUUCACUCCGGCUUUGAGCAACGGUCACAACGAUUCGUAUAACUCGAGCUUCACUCGGUUCAAUAGUAUGCUCAAUGCGGGUCUGCUGAACCCAAUGUCGCCGCCGCCGCGGACCAGCCCGACCCUUUUCGAAAUGAUGGCCAGCGAGCCCGAAAUGGCCAACCCGAAACCCGCCCAGAUCCACCAAAACGGCGUCGCGCCGCCGCCGAGGACUACUCACAUGGGUUUGGUCCAGGACAAGCAGGCGCUGAUGAUGCAGCGGGUUUCGGACCUCUUGGGUUCUCGGAGCCCCGGGAACCAGUUCAAUGACCCGACCAAUAGUGACAUCAAGCUGACGUUGAGCUCCAAGGACGGGUUCAGCGUCUCGAUGAGUCUGCACCGUCCGAUUCUCAUCGCGCACAGCCGGUUCUUCGCCGUGAAGCUCUCGGACAGGUGGGUCAAGCAGCAGAGAACGACGCCGUCUUCGUCGCCACCGUACAAUGUGGAGAUUGCUGACUGUGAUGACGUGGAGGUUUAUAUUGAGGCUUUGAGGUUGAUGUAUUGUAAGGAUCUGAGGAAGAGGCUAAUGAAGGAGGACGUUCCUAAAGUGCUUGGCAUUUUGAAGGUUUCGGCGGCAAUUGGGUUUGAUGCUGGUGUUUUAUCUUGUUUGGAGUACUUGGAGGCGGCGCCGUGGGCUGAGGAAGAAGAGGAGAAGGUGGCAUCGCUGUUGUCGGAGCUGCGGCUUGAAGGUGUUGGAGCCGGGGAAGUGUUGAAGAGGGUGUCGCUGGAAGUGGCUAAUGGGACUGAGGAGGGUAAUGACAAUGAAGAAGUUUUAGUAAAGCUUCUGCAUGUGGUUCUUGAAGGAAAAGAUGAGAAGGCAAGGCGCGAGAUGAAAGGAUUGGUGACUAAGAUGCUUCGUGAGAAUUCGUCUCAUAAUGAACUCCGGAAAGAGUCCUUGUACUCGGCUUGUGAUGGGUGUUUGCAAUUGCUUUGCCACCAUUUUUCUCGGGCAGCAGAGGCAGACUUGAAGGAUGUGGGACAGAUUGCAAGGCAAGCGGAUAAUUUGCAUUGGAUUUUGGAUAUUUUGAUUGACAGACAAAUGGCUGAGGAUUUCUUGAAAACAUGGGCAUCUCAAACUGAGUUGUCUGAAUCGCAUUCUAAAGUGGCUGCAGUUCAUAGAUAUGAGGUUAGCAGAGUUACAGCUCGACUCUUUGUUGGGAUUGGAAAGGGUCAGCUGUUGGCUUCCAAGGACGUGAGGUUCUUGCUUUUGCGUACAUGGUUGGUGCCAUUUUAUGAUGAUUUUGGAUGGAUGAGGAGGGCAUCAAAAGGCCUUGAUAGGCACUUAAUUGAGGAUGGUCUGAGCAACACAAUUCUUACCCUGCCUUUAGCAUGGCAACAAGAAAUUUUGCUGGCUUGGUUUAAUCGGUUCUUGAACUCUGGUGAAGAUUGCCCAAAUAUACAAAGAGGAUUUGAAGUUUGGUGGAGGCGGUCCUUUUGGAGGCGGAAUGGGGAGCAGGAAAGACCACGGCCAUUACGAGUUACAGCUGCAACCAUUGAGAAGCAAUAGAAGUUAAUAGUAUCCACAGUGUGGGAAAUGAUGCACUAAAGGCUCUAGAGAAAGUUUGGGAUUUUUGACUGAGAUUUGAAAUCAGUUCCCGGUAAAGGUGUAUGAAAGUAAGGUUCUGCUACUUCCACUGUUGGUAUGUCAAGGUCCGAGAACCUGCCGGUUCUUACAGGAUUGUUGUAACAUGUCUCAGGUCAAGUUGACAGAGAACACUACUAUUGGUAUCUCAGCCCAAUUCUUUCUGUAACCGAGCCUUCAAGGCUGUUGUCUAUACUUUUGAUUCCAGAGCAUCUUAUACUGUGUUGAAGAGGAUGAUUUUGUAUGUUUUUUUUUCACUGCCUGCUGGUGUUUGAUGUUGGAAUGUAAUUAAAAUUUUCUUUUUAACAAUUUAGCUGUUGUAAGGAACAACUUGAUUGUGAGUUUUCUGUGGAGUUAAUAUACCGUGAUUCUA